CCGUUCCCUCCCUGGCAUGUAAUUCCUAUAUAUAGCCCUAGUCUUCAAAAUUCAUUUCCUAUGAACAAAGAGCUUGUUCGAAGAGAAUAAGAUCGAAGAAUUACUUCCAUAUAACUAGAAUUGCUUGAUUUUCAUACAUGGAUCCUUCAUUUUUUCAAUACCCAAAUCUCCAAUUCUCUUCUGAAUCCUCUUCUUAUAUUUCUCAGGAAAACUUGUCACCAGAGUCAUUCAAUUAUCUCAAUAACCAAGCCCUUCCUUUCAAUGAAAAUGACUCCCAAGAAAUGCUUCUUUGGGGAGUCCUAAACCAAGCCCCGGUGAACAGCUCCUUCGAUGAUCAUGAAGUGACCUCAAAAGCCAAUGAAGAGGAGACAGGAAAGGAGGUUUCAUAUAGAGGAGUGAGGAAGAGGCCAUGGGGCAAAUAUGCAGCUGAAAUAAGGGAUUCCACAAGGAACGGUGUUAGGGUUUGGCUUGGAACCUUUGAUACAGCUGAGGCUGCAGCUUUAGCCUAUGAUCAAGCUGCACUGGCAAUGCGAGGUCCAAUGGCUAUACUCAAUUUUCCAAUGGAUAAAGUUUAUGAAUCACUUCAAGAAAUGAACUACGGAUUUGAAGAAGGUUGUUCACCUGUUUUGACAAUGAAGAAGAGGUACUCGAUGAAGGGCAAACGAUCAGGGAGCAAGAAGAUCAAGAAAGAGAAGGAAAUGGGAAUGGAAAAUAUCCUGGUGUUUGAGGAUUUAGGAGCUGAUUAUUUGGAGGAACUUCUAACUAUAUCUGAGAGUGCAACUCCUUAUUGGUGAAUAAUUUCAUCUAUAUUUUCCUCUCUUUUUUUUUUUCUUCCAUUUUCUCUCCUCUUUUUGUUUCUUCUCCUUCUCCAUUGAGAUUAGUGAAGAAGGACCAAUUUUUUGUUGGAUAUUGUCUUUGAAUUUGUAAAUCUGCAAGACGACGUAGAAUCAAAGCUUUGUGCUAUGCAUAAUUUUAGUCUACUUACAAACUAGUUGAAUUUUCAAUAUAUUGGCUAAAUAUUACAAAUUUUCAUUCUUCUAUAUAUUUG